AUGUAUCGGAGUGUGUGUGUGCCUGCGGCACUGUUGGCUCUCCUGGUGCUGACACUUACAGUGCCUGGGGGCCAGUCCUGUCCCAGGAGCUGUAACUGCUACCAGGCCAGCGAAGUCCACUGUACCUUUCGCUCUCUUCUCACUAUACCUCCAGGCCUGCCUGCACACACACGACGAAUAAACUUAGGGUUCAACAGUAUCAGCAGGAUCCCUGACAGUUCACUGGCUGGGCUGAAGAGGGUGGAACUUCUCAUGCUCCACAGCAAUGACCUCCACCAUCUUCCAGAUGCAGUAUUCAAAGAUAUGAAAUCACUGCAGAUACUAAAGCUGAGCUACAACAAGCUGAGAGAGAUCUCUUCAUCUAUGACCUUUUCUGGCCUUACCUCACUACUGCGUCUGUACUUGGAUCACAACCUUCUCCAACAUAUCCAUCCCCGAGCCUUGCUCCAGCUGCCUAGCCUCAGGCUGCUACGUCUGCAAGGGAACAGGCUGCAUCAGCUGCACCCUCACACUCUGUGCACACUGUCCCUCCUGAAUACAUAUUACUUCUCUACGCUCAGACACCUAGACCUGUCCAACAACAGUUUCACCACACUGCCUAAAGACACCUUAGCAACAGCACCUCUGCUUGAGACUCUUGUGCUGCAGGGUAAUCCAUGGAGCUGCGACUGUAAGAUGAACUGGUUUCUCACUUGGAGUCUGGCUCACCCAGGCUUAAUGAAAUGUCCCAGUGGCCCUCAGUGUCCAACCUGCGCAUCACCCAAUUCCCUUCAAGGGCAGGGCUUACUUGAUCAGUCUGAACUAUCGUGCACCUCACCUGUCAUCCCUUCCCCAGGAAGAAACACACCUUUGGAGACAGAACUCAGUGAAAUCCAACCAAGGGAAACCUUCAGAGAGCCUUUAGGUAGUGCCUCCUUGGGUCUAUCUGACCAACAAGGGAACAGUGUUGAUCUGACCUGCAACAUCACUCACUCUUCCAACUCUCAGGAUAUUGCUCCUCCUCCAGAUCUCUCCCUUUCCUCCUCUUCUCCUCUCCCUCUCGCUCUGUCAGUCUCCCUGGAGUGUCCUGUAGAGAGACAGAGCUAUGAGAAACUUUGGAGGAUCCUGGCUUACUACAGUGAGACUGCGGUUCGCCUUGAGAGGGAAAUCAUGCUGAGUAAGGCCCCGGUGCUGGCCUACCGCUACAGGCAGGCAGGAGAGACAGACGGAUAUUAUCACACUGGAGUUAAAGCUUCUGUUAGAGUGAGACCACAGUGGUUACUACAGCCAGCUGUUAGCAUCCAGCUAAACAGAGUGCAGUCUAACAGACACAAAGUUCAUCUUAUAUACUCAACAAGAGUUUCUGCUCAUCCUGGCCCUACAUCUUAUCCCUCAACAUCCUCCACUGCAUCUCACCCAUGGGUUCUGAUUUCAACUAAUCAUACCACCACAGCGAUAGCCGCAGUAUCAGGCAGUACGGUGGAGCUUUCCUGCCCUCUUAUAAGUUCUGGUAACCCCACCAUACAGUGGAUUCUCCCAGAUGGAAUCAAGCUCAUGUCCACCUCCAACAGCCUGGAUGGUAGGCUCCGGGCCUCAGUCUCUGGUUUACUUCUACAAAAAGUACAGCUCUCAGAUACUGGGCUUUACUACUGUGUAGCCCAGGCUGGCAGGGACGUAGAUGUUCUCCCCGUGCGCCUGGCAGUGGAGGAGUCCUCUGUUGCCCCCUCAGGAGAGAAAUUGGGAAAUACUAUCACCGGAAAAAUUGGGCGGCCUAUAAGUCUGUCCUGCAAUGCAUCUGGUUCACCAGCACCUCAUAUGAGUUGGGUGUUGCCAGAUGGAAAUGUAAUAUGGUCUGGAUUAACUGUAUCAGGUGGACUCACUAUACAGCUGAAUGGGAGUCUCUCUCUGCCUAACCCUUCUCUGAGGGAUGCUGGUCAUUACCGGUGCAUUGCGGUCAACCAUUAUGGUAGUGACUCUCUGUCCAUGCAGUUGGAAUUAAAACCGCAACAUCCCCCUCCACUUAGGACUUCAUUCCCAAGAGGUCCACAGUCAGCUGCUGGCCGGUCAACCAAGAUACGAGCCCCUUUACUACGUCAGAUGGAAGAAGGCUCAGGGGAUGAAGAGGAAGAAGAAGAGAAAACUAUUUUUGGCAAUAGGAUGCGACCGAGACCUCGCCAACCUCCCCCUAACAGAAGUUAUCCAAUUGGAAAACCCAGAAGACGUGGGCCUGUGAGAAGAGGCCCCCUGAGAAGAGGAGGAGGGCCUGUAUCAUCCAAUGACCAGAGAAGACACCGCUUUGACAACAGACAUAGAGUCACCACAAACAAACAAAGGAUAGACCCCCAGAAAUGGGCUGACCUACUGGCUAAGAUACGUCAAAAGACUGCUCACACUAACAACAGCCAACCCUUCACAGCAGGAAAGCCCACAGCUGAACCAGUAGGAAGAGGCAAAGACAGAGACACAGCAAGAGAUGAGGGAGCGGAUGAUACAGAUAGAGAUAGAGCUGAUGGAGCAGGGGUGGAAGCAGAAACUGAAGGGUCAUCUGUUGAUGACACUGUUCUACAAGAGGAAGGUCUACAGCCCAUCCAUCCUGCUCUCACAGAAACACAGAUUCAAGCAGAGACAAAAACAGAUGCAGAGAUAGAGAGAGGGAGAGAAACGGCAACAGAAACACAGAUGGACAAAGAGACCAAGACACAUAUACAGACUCAGAACUCAGGUCAACAGAUAGAGACAGUGACAAAACCAGAGAGACAGAAAGCACUAGUCUCAUCUAAGCCAAUCUCAGGAACUAAUGAAAUUUUCCCAGAAUCUGCUGGAGGAGCAAACCCCAAACCAUCUAGAACCAGAGCUCAGAACCCCUUGCAGGGAGUCUUACCUAAUUUGGUUCCAAACUCUCGACCUCAAAGCCCUUGGAACUCUCACAGGAGGCUAGGACAACAAAGACGAAUCAUCAACAGGCCGAGGGUCCAACCUUUGACCCCACCCCAACCUCUCCCUGACCCUACAAACCAGAGGUCACAAACCACAACACCUGACACUACCACAGAUAAAAUUGAUGUGUUGUUGCUGGCGUCAACAACCAAAUCUUCAGCUAUUUUGUUGACAGGGAAUGACCAUAUUAAGACUGCUCCGAGUGGUGUGGCACUGAACCCUCAGUCUGCCCCUGUUUCUUACACUCUUGGUAUCUCCACCUUAGAAUCUGCCUCCCCCUCACUGACUCCCUCCGUCACCUCCUUCACCUCAUUUUCCCCCUCUCACACAAAGACAAUAGUAGACACGAUGACUCACUCAGCCGACAUCCCAGACACUGCAGAGUCCACUUUCUCCAACACAGCGACACCAGCAACCACUCACUCUAAUGUUGUGAUAUCACAGACACUUGUGCCAGAUGCACACACCAGGACACUUAUGCAUGGCAUACAGAAUCACACAAAAACACAUACAGCCUUAGGCAAACUUGUUGAAAGACCCCCAAGCAAACACAGUGAGGAGCAGGACAGGAAUUUGCUGGGUGUACCAUAUGAAGCUCACUCCACCAUUCUCUCUUCCACUCAUUCCCCUGUUGUUUCUUUCUCAGCCCCCAGUAGCGCUUCAGCUACUACUGCAAAAAUCACAACAACUCCUUCAACCAAUCUCAAGAGUAUUAAUUUUACUAAUUCUCCUGGAACCACUACAAAAAAAUCUACUAUUACAACUAGUGAAGAAAAACUUCCCACAACAACUACUCCUAUGACAACUAAUCCAAUCACAUCUACUACAACUACCAUUAUUAUUCCAACAUCUAGCAAUACUAGAAGUACUACAACUACUCGUAACCCUACUACUACUACCACAACUCCUGUUCUUACAUCUGCUACUCCCACUACCACUACCACUACUACUUCUUCAACUACCUCUUCUACUACUACUUUUACCACUACUACUACUGCUACUAGUACUAAAAUCUUAUUCAAAGUUAUUCCCCCAGCCCCAAACCCCACUACUACAACUACUGCUACAACUACUACUCCUACUACUAGUACUAGAAUGACCACCUCAGGCAAAACUUCUCCAACCACUACUAGGGCAUCUACUUCUACUAAACCUACUACUACUACCACAACAAUGACAUCAACAAGUACCAGAGCAUCUUCCAGAGAGAGGCCAAGCAUCAGCCAAGUUGAUCCAAGAGGGAGACUUACCUCUGGGGCUCCAAACCAGAGUCGAUCAUCCCCUGACUGGAAAAACCCUGGAGCUAAUUUUAUUCCUCAUUCACACAGCAGCAGGCCACAUGGGUCCCCCUCCUCUUCACUCCCUGCUGUCCCUGGGGCCCCAGUUGUGAGAUCCAGACCAAGAAUUGCAGACCCACACAUCAGGACAGUGUCGUUCCCAGCAGAAAGCACUGCCAGGCUGGCUUGUGAAGCUCGAGGAGAGCCGAAACCUUCCAUCACAUGGACCAAGGUUGCCACAGGAGCGGUGAUGUCAAUCUACUCCAAGGCUCAGCGUUUUGAGGUCUUGCCAAAUGGCACACUUGUUAUCCAGAAUGUUCAGCUGCAGGACAGAGGCACAUACAUCUGCAGCGCACACAGCUUCCUUGGUCGUGACAGGUUGCUAACUACACUGGAAGUGUGGACCCGCCCGCCUCGGAUGCAGCUGGCGAGUUACAGAGAAGCCACCAUUCAUCAGGGUGGAGAGCUGCUCUUGGAGUGCCAGGCGAAUGGUGUUCCUGCCCCUCUGCUGUCUUGGGUUCUGCCUGAUCGUUCUGUCCUGACGUCCUCUACCCCCUCCACCAGUCGCAUCUAUAUAGACACAAAUGGAACCCUCCAUAUCUCAGUAACUUUACCUAAUGACAGAGGAGUGUAUCGUUGUGUGGCCUCCAACUCAGCAGGUGCUGCCAGUGCCUCUGUGCGUGUACAUGUGUCCUCGUUGCCCCCGAUGAUACAGCAAACCAGAGAGGAACACCUGCUCCUUUCUCCAGGGAGGCCUGUUUAUGCUCACUGCUCUGCCCGAGGUGCCCCAACACCAACUCUGCGCUGGCGAAUCCCAGAUGGGACUGUGGUUCGCCCAUCCCAGUUUCUCCAUGGCAACCUCUUUGUCUUGCCAAAUGGGACACUGCAUAUUCGAAGAGUUGGGCCAAAGGAUUCAGGGAGUUAUGAUUGCACAGCAAGUAAUGCUGUUGGAGCCGAUAGGAGAACAGUGAGAGUAGAAAUUGAAGGGGGAGCAGAAGGAGGAAGAGGAGAAGAAGGAGCAGGAAAAGAAGCGGCAAUAGCAUUUACUACUGAAAAACCUUCUCAUUCAACUUCACUCAAUAAAGACAGAACUUUGUCCAUCCCUAGCAAACCUGAAAAUCCAUUAAACUCCCCUAAACUUUCCCCUCCAUUGCUCUCUGAUAGAUCCAGGAUCUUGCCGCUCACCCCGAGCUCUUCUCGCUCCUCUUCUUACCAUCACCAACCCAAUUCCCCUAACUCACCUACUAAAAUCAAUAAAACAGUCACUGCUUCUUCCACACACUUUACCAAGGUCAGCAAAACAAAACUUUCCUAUCUCCCCCUACCCUCCACAGUGCCUACAUACAACACCAAAGUCUUACCCAGUAUUGUAAACAACACAAUAGUUACUUCUUCCCCCUCGGAUAAAAGCAGAGCUUCAGCCAUUUUGCAUUCCUCGCCCAUCUCCCCCUUCAGUAAAGCCCGUAUUGUGUCAACAUCACCCUCCAUUACUACUGUCCACUAUGGGGGGACUUUGCAGCUCCACUGCUCUGUAACUGGCAACCCAUCCCCCAUCAUCAUUUGGAGAACCCCUAACAGAAAACUUGUGGACAUGCACUUCAGUUUUGACCGUCGUCUGAAGGUGCAUCCCAAUGGCACCUUGUCAGCCCAGGCAGUAACGGAGAAGGACGCUGGAGACUACCUCUGUAUCACUCGCAACAAGGUCGCAGAUGAUUAUCGCAUCCUCCGUGUCUCUGUGGCUACCAAACCUGCCAAGAUUGAGCCAAAACAAACACUCAAUCAGAUGGUUUCGUUUGGCAAGCCGCUUAAAGUGGACUGCCAGGCAUCAGGACUGCCUGACCCAGCCGUUCAUUGGAGUCUACCCGAUGGGACCAUGGUGAACAGUGUGUUGCAGGGGGAGGACAGGGGAGGGCGAGCACGGAGGCUUACUGUGUUUGACAAUGGAACGUUACUGGUUCCAGCAGUGGGUAUGGGAGAAGAAGGGGAAUAUACGUGUUAUGCAGAAAAUCAAGGAGGUCAAGACACCAUGAAGGUCAAAGUGAAGAUCAUGAUGACAUCUCCACCAACCUUCACAGAUGACAGAAGCUACCAUGUCAUCAAAGUAUUUAACGGGGAAACCGCCACAAUUCGCUGCCAGGCCACAGGAGAUCCAGCCCCAACAGUGACGUGGUUUUCCCCAGCGCACCGUGUCAUCCCACGAAGUUUGGGCUCUGGUUAUUAUUCUGAGAGGGUAUUAGUGGUUUUGGAUGGAACUCUGGAGGUGCGUCAGGCCCAAAAGGUUGACAGAGGAAAUUAUACCUGCAGAGCAAGCAACUCAGCUGGGGAGAGGAGUAUGGUGGUGGGCCUGGAGGUGGAGACUUCUAAUAAUGGAAUGAAUAGCAAGGUGGGAGGAAGAAGUUCUAGCAAUUGGCCCGGUAGUAGAUCAGGGGACAACAUUAAUAAUGUAGGAAUAAUCCAGUAUGGAUUUAUCACCGGAGCCUCAAGCAAACUGGGUAACAAUCAUAGUGGCAAUAAUGGCUAUAGUGAUAAUAAUGGCAGUAUAAGAAACACUGAGCCAAGCACUGGCAUUAACACAGCAACCAGUGGCUCUAAUCCUGCCCUUAGGAGUAAUGGUCACAAUGGAUUCAACAGACCUGUCAGUGGGAUUACGACACAAAAUGAUAGCAGUAUAAUCAUUGUCGGCCUGAGUGGGGUGAGGAAUAUAGGCAUUAAAGCAGAUAACACUGGAAUAAAUAGAAAUGGACCUGGCAUUGUGAGUAGUGGCAGUACUAGUGUGGUCAACAGUCACAAUAAAGUUAGCGGAGAAAGUGUAAAAAAGAAUCCUGGGACUAAUAAUAAUGAAGUAAUUGCAGGAAGGGCUGGUAAUGAUGCUAAUACCAGUAGAGAUACCGGCAGGAUAACUGGUAUUUCUAGAAAUGUUGGCGCUAGCAACAGUGUGUCUAAUAGUGGCACACUCAGAGGAAAUUGGUUCACUCGAAGUAGCAAUAUAAGUGUGACCAAUGCUGGCAGCGGAAAUAGUGGUGGUAUAGUUGCUAGUAAUGCAGGUACUAUAAACUCUACUAACAAGGUUGUGGGUGUGGUAACGACAGUGAAGCAGCGAGCAGUGAAAGGCCAAACUGUUCUUUUGCCAUGCCCCUCCCAAGGCUCCCCUCCCCCUCGUCUGGCCUGGCUUCUGCCUGGUAAUGGUGUGCUGCCAUCUCCUUACUAUGGCAGUCGACUCACUGUGCACCGAAACGGCUCCUUGGAGCUGCGGGGUGUGAGGGUGAGUGAUGCUGGGACCUUGGUUUGUGAAGUGAGAGGUAAAAGAGGAGAGGCGAGGAUACAGGUUGAGCUGGAGGUCUCUGAGGCACAGGAGGAGGCCAGAUCUCCACACAGGGGACCACCUGUGGAAGAACCCGUGCAGAAAAGUGCUGGUUUAAUAGAGGCAUCUCGAUCAGGAGUCUCAAUGGAUUCAGCUCAGUCCUUAAGCUCAGUGUUGUCUGAGAAGCUUCAUCCAAGAAUCCCAGUUACUCAAAAGCCUCUGCAGAGGGGCCUGAGUUUACCUGCUGCACCUCGUCCGAUUGGCCCUCCACCCAGUUCAACUGGCCCUGCCUCAGAGCCAGUAAUGAGCAUCAGAACAGCCUCCUUGGUGAGCAUCAUCAAUGGAGAGACCCUUCGCCUGCCUUGCCCUGCUCCUCAAACCCCAGGAUACCCCCAUGGCACUCUGUCGUGGACCACGCCCAGCGGCAAAGUGCUGUCCCGGGGUGAGAGUGGUGACUUGGGCCAAUACUUAGUCCAAGAGGAUGGAACACUAAUAGUUCAACAGACCUCCGUGUUCGACCGAGGCACCUACACCUGCAGAUCCACCAGUUACGACUCCUCAUCAGUUUCAGUCAUCACAGUUCCUGUCAUCGUCAUCGCUUACCCCCCACGUAUCACAACAGGCCCCUCCCCCGUGACCUACACGCGGCCGGGGGUUGCUGUGGAGCUGCCCUGUCUGACCAUAGCAACACCCCGGGCGACAGUGACCUGGGAAACACCAGAACUGACACAGCUGAGGGUGAUGGGUCAGGGUCGUAUCUAUGGCAACCGCUACCUUAGUCCUCAGGGUUCCUUGGUGAUACAGAACCCCACAAGUAGGGAUACUGGGUUUUACAGAUGCACUGCCAAAAAUGUAAUAGGAGUGGACACCAAGGUGACCUAUCUCCAUGUUAUAUAAUGUGGUAAAGCAAACACACACAGGCACACACACACACACACACACACACACACAUACACACAAACAAACACACAUACAUGCAGUAGAAAGACAGAUACCCAACCAGUCUUCUAUAGUGGUGAAUGAAUUCCUCUGCUGUUAACACAAUGUGUCCCUCAUGCCCAAAGGAACUGCAAGGCUUCGUGCAGGAGAUACUGUUGAAUCUCAGAAAAGACACUGCUAAUAUACAGCAUGUGUCUCAUGUAUGUAUUUUUUUAAGGUAUGACUGUCCAGGACUGUAUUGCUUUUAUACCAGGAGUUGCGAGAUUCUCUGCA